UGGUCAUUUGUGGCAACCUUUAGACCUACGCAGCUCUCUGCUAUAUAAAAUCGUUUUGGUUCUGGAAAUGUUAUUUGUUUCAUCUCUGUGACAGACUAGUUUUAUAAUUAUUUCCUUGAAAUUUAAUGUAAGAUCAUAGAAGAUAAUGGCGAUUAAAAUUUCGGCCAGAUUUUUCAGAAGUUUUGACGUUUUAACAUUAAUUUGUUUUAAGUUUGUGAUAGCGGAUGAACAUUUUAAUUACGAGUUUCAGUGGAAUAAAAACAUUUCACAUAUCGAUUACUUCCUGAAUCUAUGUCCCCACGUUUGUUACCAGGAAGAGAGAAUUACUCUUGUUAAUUUUGAAAGAUGUUCUGACAUUGAUUGCUUCCCUUGCGAUUGCCAAAAACCAAGGUGUUUGGUUUACGGUACUUGUUGUCCAGAAGUUAAGUCUCUGCCUUGGAAUGAUGGCAACUCUGAUUCGAAAACUGUCGAUCUUUCCUCGUUGUUGCUGCCACGUGAAGGGGAGCUGACAAAUAAAUUGACUAAAUUAACGUGCAGCGGUUAUGAUGAAAGAAUGUACACAUUUCUGCUUCUACGCUCUUGCCCAGACGAUUACUCCGAUCUGAGGGUGAGACAGUUGUGCGAGGAAGAUCUGUUAGGUCAAGAUCUGGAGUAUGAUAAAAACCUGAUGGAUGUACUCACAAAGGUCAGUGAUCCAGUCACCGGGGUCACCUACUACAACAGAUAUUGCGCCGAAUGUAACAAUGCUACGAAUGUGAUGCCAUGGAAGAUCAAGAUAGACUGCUUUCAUUAUCUUCAUUCCUAUAAAGCCCUGAGCCUGAACGAUCUCGUAAGACUGAGUUUAGAGCACACCUCCACCUGUCAGAUAAAAGAUGUAAUUCAGGAUUUCAAUUCAAACUACUCCACUUGCGGCGCUCUGAACAGCUGGUUUUAUUCGGUUAUUAAUCAGUGCAAUGUGACCAGUCAGUGGACAACGUACGAGCCAGAUAUAGAAAAGUUAUGCUCCCAGUUCACUGGACAAAGUUUUAAAGUUAAGAAACAAAAUAUGUACUUCGCUAAUGUAUUCUGUGCGAUAUGCAAUUCGGAACAAUAUACUUCUCUCAAGAAUAAUUGCUGGUCUGUCACGGACAAUUCUUCGCUAUCCAAUGAUAGCGAGUCCUAUCAACCUGGUUUUGUUAUGAUCCCGCCGUUCACAAUAUUACUAAACUUCCAUCAAGAGUCGCGGUUAGCUGUACUUUUUAAAGCAGCUGUGCAGAGUUGUUUAAGGGAUGAGUGGUCUGGACCGGGCAAUCAAUGCUUCCAGAUGAAGUGUGCUGAUGGUAAGCUGCUGAAAAGGGGAAAAUGUGUAACAGCCCUGAAAGAGAUUCGUGGAUUGGGGUAUCAAACUAGAUUGGAAUAUACAAUCAAUAAAACUGAAGUUAGCAUGCAAGUAUCUGGUGUUCAUUACAAGAUAUUGUCUCACUUAAACAUUAGUCUAUCUGAAUGGUUUGACAGAACUCUGUUUGAAAUUUUUGAAGAGUUAUCUUUCAGAUUUAGCAUGAAAUCCUUUGGUCUUAGCAAUGAUAGCAGGGAUAGUUCUUUGGAUGUUCAGAAUGAGAAAUACGUCAUUUAUCCCGUACUUUUGACCAUAGAUGUCUACAUCAUUUCACCAAAAGACAUUCUGAGAGAUGACGUGGAGAGAACGCUGGCGGAGAAAUUAUUUCAAAACAAUAUCACACUUUUAGUAGGCGACACUAUACUGACUCUGGAAUACUAUAAAAAUCCUCAACAAGAGCCAAAUAGUUUGAGCUGCAAUGAAACUAUCGACGAUUGUACUAACGAGAUUUAUAUACCUGGACCAUUUCCAACAAAUGAAAUGUGGUACAGCAAGCAAGACUUUCUUUGGCUAAACAAGCUCUUGACCUGCCCCUUUGUUCAUUUCAACAAAUCUAGAGUUCACGUGGAGGGGUUUGGGUUUGCGAAUGCAUCAUUAAAAUUCGUUAUAAAAAUUGAUUUAGAAGAUGCAGUGUUUGUCUUUAAGGAAAAGGACGAGCUCAAGAAGUUAUCAGUGGAAGAAGAUGGUGCUGUCAAUGUUUGUGUGGACCUUCUGGACUCUAAACUUGAAGAGUUACAAGAGAAACUGCAAGCUGCUGAAGCAAGUGAAUCUUUUCUAUCUCUGUAUGUCAUCACGGUCAUAUGUCUCGGUGUGUCAAUGGUGUGUCUCCUGAUGACUGUAGUUACCUACAUCAGCUUCAGGACACUCCGAAGUGUGGCUGGUAUACACACUAUGAUUCUAUCUGCCACGCUUCUUUUAGCUCAGGCUUUGCUGCUGACAAUCUCUCACGUUCAAGCUCCAAGUAUCAUCUGUACAGUUCUUGGUGUUAGUACUCACUUCAUGUGGCUCUGUAUGUUUGCCUGGAGUUUUAUCUGCUGCUUUCACAUGUAUACAAUCUUUACUGCCAAAGUUAGAACUACCUGCAACACUAGUGACUCCCGCAAGCAUCUAAUCGUUAGGGUUCUAUGUAGUUUUCUUUUACCAGCUGUAAUAGUAUCCAUUGUAAUACUUGUAGAUUAUUUCACUUCUGAUGGCCAAAGAAUGGGCUAUGGAACUAGAACUUGCUAUUUAAACUCUAAGGAACUCAUUCUCUGCUCUGUGGCUGCUCCACUUGGUGCUGUGUUACUCAGCAAUGUUUUCUUCUUUGUUUCUUCAGUGCUGGAAAUUUACAAAGUCAAAAAACUUCAAAGUCCAGACAUGUUUAAGAAAAGUGACCGCAGUAACCUUUACAUUUACAUGAAACUUUCUACAAUGACUGGAGUGUUCUGGCUACUGUCUCUCCUGGCCGAAGGAUUGGACAAUAAUGUGUUGCGUUACAUCUCUGUGGUAAUGAAUGGGUUACAAGGGAUGUUUAUAUUCAUGUCUUACGUCUGCAACAAAAGAGUUUGGACAUUGUACAAGGAAAUUUGGUCUCUGCGUCAACUGCUAGAUCGCUCAGAGAAAGGAACUUUAAGUCAGCUAGCAUCAGAAGUACAAGUACAGAGAAAGGAACUUUAAAUUAAUUAGCGUCAUACGUACAAGUACAAGAAAGGAACUUUAAGUCAAUUAGCAACAUAUUACAACUACAGAGAAAGGAACCUUAAGUUAGUUAGCAUCAGACGUAUUAGUACAGAGAAAGGAACAUAAAGUCAUUUAGAAUCUUAAGUACAAGUACAGAGAAAAGAACAUCUAGUCGGUUUGCAACAGAAGUACAGAGAAAGGAACUUUAAGUUAAUUAGCAUCAUACGUGCAUGUACAGUGAAAGGAACUUUAAGUCAAUUAGCGUCAUAAGUAUAAGUACAAGAAAGGAACUUUAAGUCAAUUAGCAUCAGACGUGCAGAGAAAGGAAUAAGCUAAUUAGCAUCAGAUGUACAUUUACAGAGAAAGGAGCUUUAAGUCAAUUGGGCAUUAGAAGUACAAGUACAAAGACAGGAACAUAAAGUCAAUUAGCAUCAGAUGUACUAGUACAUAGAAAAAGCUAAGAUCUGUUCUGUUUUAUGUAUUUUUGUUAAAUGUAUUUUAUACUGAUUACUUGGGUUUUUCAUCAAGUAAUAUAUUCACAUUAUAAAAGGCAUAAUGAGAUAUUAUGGUUAAAUCUUUGACUUUAUUUGUUAUAAUAUAAUGCUCAAUACAUUUUAUGAAAUUUUAGAGGGUAAGAAAUGUUUAAACAACUCCAACCGAUUUCACAACACAAUUAUGUACCUGACCUAUGUAACAUCCUGACCUAUGUAAUAUGCUGGCCUAUGUAGAAAGAUCAUUUUAGAAUGACUAGUGGUUAAAUAUUAAUUUACUGAUUGAUUUCGACCUUUCACAAAGAGGGAGGGCGAAAAUGUUGUCACAAAUGUUGUCUCUAGUGUUGUUUUUUGUUAGGUUUAAAUACCCAGCACCCCAACGACGAAAGUGUAGGGACAGAUGACAUAACAUUGCUAUAAUAUAUUAGAUAAAAACUAGCAGGCUUUAUUUUCUCUUAUUUUCUCUUGUGCUUAAUCCAAUCUCCAACUGGUGCUCAGUAUCGACUUGUACAGACCAUAUAAAGAGAAUUUUAGGUAUAAUUAUUGUAUAAUGUAUUUAAGUAUUUAAUCAAUGGCCACCUCGAAGGGACUUCACAUAGUGAUCCACUGGAACUGAAAUACGCAAGAACUUAGACUAGGAGGACUUUUUAGCUGUUACAACUUUGUCUUCUAUCCCCUCUAGUUUUAGUUUAACUGUAAGUGUAAGAUUUAUAAGUUAAGGAGGCGUGCUGGAUGAGUGGAAAAACACUUACCUUGCCAAUCUGAGGUCCAGGGCUCGAAUCCUCUUAGUCCACCCAGCUCUAAUGGUUACCUGACAAUAGUUGGGGAAAAGUAAAGGCAGUUGGUCGUUGUGCUGGCCGCAUGACACCCUCGUUAACUGUGGAUCACACGGUCUAAAAGGGAACCUUUAUUUUUUUUGUAGCUUUGGAUUCUUUUCAUGGCGAGUAAAAUAAGUUUGACUUGCAUGUUUAUUCGUUUAUAUUUUUUAAUAAACUUUUUUUUUUCAGUUCAAUACAUCAUAUCGACAGUAUUUGUCAACUUGACUUUUUUUUUUUAAAAUAGUUGUUGAAAUAUGCUUUAGUAGUAGCUAUGGAGUUACUCCAAUCUAUUAAUGAUCUUACUCUGCAUUUCUUUUUUAGAUCUAAUUUAUCUAUGUAUCUAUGCUAUCUAUCUUUCCAUCUAUCUGUCCAUCUAUCUGUCCAUCUAUCUAUCUAUCUUUCCAUCUAUCUGUCUAUCUAUCUAUCUAUCUAUCUAUCUAUCUAUCUAUCUAUCUA